AUGUCGGAUUCCGCCGCAUCUCCGCUACGAGCGCGGCUCUCAGAAGGGCCCAGCAAGACGACAUCGCCCUCCUGGUCACCGCCCCUGAGCACCGACCGGAAAAGGCCGAGAGCUCUCGUGGGCGCUGACGAGUCUGGAGACAAGAGACAGAAGGUAAGCAGAGCCUGCGACACUUGCAAGCAGCGCAAAGCCAGAUGCACUGGCACCCUGCCCUGCGAUGCGUGUGUUCGCAAGGGCAUCCCCUGCCUCUACGCCUCCAAAUACAGCCGUGGAAGGCCCCCCACCCCGCCUCCCGCUACCGCUGCCGCUGCACCUGCGGCUGCCGUCGAUGCAUGUCCCGCACACGACGAGGCCAGGCACGGUAGGCAGAUCGGCGGGCCCAUCGGCGGCUCACGCCAGGGUCAGGAUGCCCGCUUGCCGGCGAUCGCUGGCACCUACGUGCCGGGUCGUCCGCCCUCCACCCAGCCCACGCCGUUGAUCCAGUCCCGGGCGUCGCCCGAGCUGGGCGCCACCGAUAGCCAGGGUCAUUAUGUCGACCCGACCUCCGGCUUGGCCUUCCUCCACCGUGCCUGGAAAAGGCUUUCCACCCAACAGCCGCGUGCCAUUGCCCAGGACAACGCCGGCUCCGAGCGGCUUCAGCUGCAGACCAGUGCCGGCGACAAGCCCUUUGACCACGACAGCCACCUCUCGUCCAUACUGCCACUGCCGGACCGUGCCACCUGUGCCGAGCUCAUAGCCUCCUACUUCGAGGUCUGCAUCGCCACAUACCGCUUCCUCCACCGCCAGACGGUCGAGAUUUGGCACGAGCAGCUCCAGCAGAACCUCGAUGCUGGCAUGCCCCUCGAUCAGGGACUCGGCGAAAUGAAGGCCGCCACCGUCCUGACCAUCCUAGCCAUUGCCGACUUCCACCGCGGCAAGUCGAGGGGCGCCGACUCCCAAGACGAGGCCCUGGCCUUCAUCAAGCGUAGCGACCGGCUCUUCGGCACCGCUUGCCGGCUCGCAGACACAGCCAAGGGCAACCCUGCCCUAGACUCGGUUCAGGCUCGGCUCUGCCAAGUCCUGUACCUCCUUCAUACCUCGCGCAUGAACCAGGCCUGGUAUGUCUUUGGCAACGUCAUCCAGACCGUCGCUGCACUGGGUCUGCACAGGCGCACGCACCGCAACCGGACCCUGGCAAAGGACCGCUCGGGUGACUACAUCACUGCCCAAUGUCGCAAGCGUGCCUUUUGGGUCUCCUAUAUCCUCGACAUUUACCUGGGCGUCAUCUUUGGCCGCCCUCGUCAUUACCACGACGAGAACAUCGACCAGGAACUUCCGGAUCCGGUCGACGACGAGGACAUGACGCCGGAAGGGCCAAAACCGCACAGGAAGCGCAGGGACUGCUCGACCGAUUCGCUCAUACACCAUGCAAGGAUCACCCGCAUUGUUGGAGAAACCUCGCAGCGCGUCUACGCCAUCAGCCAAUCCCCACAGGAAACACUGGUUCAUCUCGUCCAGCGCCUAAACGACGAGAUCUCCCAGUGGAACGCCGACCUCCCCCCUCUCCUGGGCUCGGUUAACCCCUCCAGCUUGGUGCACCCUUUCCGCCGCCAGGCUACCGCGAUGAAGCUGGCCCGCAACCAUGCCGUCAUGCAUGCCAACAGGCCGUUCCUCCUCGGCAGUUCCGAUAACAGAGGAACCCAGUCCACCGUAGUGAGCAGGAUCAUAUCCGACUGCAUUUUGGCUGCGAAGGACGUGCUGGAGAUGGUCGAUGACAUGGCUCGCGACGGCACUCUGUUCCAUGCCUUCUGGUGGACGCAUUAUGUCACCUUUUGCGCGCUCGCCGUCAUCUAUGUUUGGGAGAUUCAGCAGGGCGCAUCGGGCGCCGCCGCCGCGACUUCCUGGAGCGGCGCUCUGGACGCAGAAGGGUUGUUUGACCUGGCUGAACGAUGUCAACUCCACCUGGCCCAGGCCACUGCAUCCAACUCGCCCAGCCGGCGCUAUAGCAUCAUCCUCGAGGAACUUCGCCAAGAGGCCUACAGCCAAUCUCCCGGCCGGGUCAAGGAGAUCUCAACGACGCCUCGGGCUGUCUUGCCUAGCUCGAACGCGGGACCCAACGGCCACGACGGCCUGGAACCAGGGCAUGGGAACGGAAUGGCCUACGAUCCUAGCAGCAUCAUGCACCACUCGGUCGGGCCCAACUUUUCCGCCAUGCCCAGCCUCUGGGAUGGAUGGCAGACCACCGACUGGCUCGAUUUUGAUUCAAUGGCACUGGGUCCAUUUUCCGGAUAUGCGGCUUCACCAGAUUCAUGGUAUCCCGGCGGGUUCGAUUCCACCCCAUACCCACCCUAG